CCCGAGUUGGAUUUUGUAUAUGUAAACAUGGAGAAAUUCACUUUGUUAUGGCUCUAAUAAAAAAGUGACUGUGGGCCACCGACAGACUGGGCCUGUUUGACACAUGACAGUACAUAAAUGUUAUAAAGGCGCAAAAUGCCUACAAAACGUUUAAGCUAAUAUUUCCUUUAACCGUUACCUGUGGUUGUCAUGGAAAUAUGAAGGGGACAUUAGCUUACCUGGUCGUCAUUGGGUCUCGCGCAUCUUUCUGGACUCGCUGACAUCAUGUCGGAAGGAGAAAGACGAACCACGGAGGCUGUUUUCACUCAGCUACAACAAGGACAUAUUUGCGUCGACACAGGUUCCUCUGGGCCUGAUGAUAUUUUCGAGGAGGACUCCUACUCUCCGUCCUCUCUGUCGUCGUCCUCCUCCGCCUCCGUCCCCGCCGUGGCCUCCUUGCAGGGGAAAACCCUGUGCACCUCCUGCGGCCUGGAGAUAGUGGACAGAUACCUCCUCAAGGUAAAUGACUUGUGCUGGCACGUGCGCUGCCUCUCAUGCAGUGUAUGCAACACAUCACUGGGGCGACAUGUGAGCUGCUACAUCAAAGAUAAACAAGUUUUCUGCAAACUCGACUACUUCAGAAGGUAUGGCACCCGCUGCGCCCGUUGUGGCCGUAACAUCCACUCCAGUGACUGGGUGCGUCGGGCUCGAGGCAGCACCUUCCACCUGGCCUGUUUCUCCUGCACCUCCUGUAAGCGCCAGCUGUCCACCGGGGAGGAAUGUGGACUGCUGGAGAACAGGGUAUUUUGCCGGCCACACUACGACAUCAUGAUGGAGAACAUCAAACGUGCCAGGGAAAAUGAGCAACCAAAAGUAGAGGAGGAGGUGGCAGACAAAGAUGAGUCCGGCACCAUGUCCAGACCCACCAAGAGAGCCAGGACCAGCUUCACUGUCGACCAGUUACAGGUAAUGCAGACUCAGUUUGCUAAAGAUAACAACCCAGAUGCCCAGACUCUGCAGAAACUGGCAGAGAGGACCGGUCUCAGCCGCAGGGUGAUUCAGGUUUGGUUUCAGAACUGUCGAGCUCGUCAAAAGAAAUACAUCAGCCCAAAUUCUGCCUCCUCAACGUUGAUGACAUCAUUUGCUCCUGGUCAGCUGACACCACCUUUGAUGGAGGAUCUGCAAUACACAACCUAUAUUUCUCCAGAUGCUCCCCUCCUCACUACACUGACGUAUAUGGACGUCCAAAGUCCAGACCCACUGUUGCUUCAGCCUCUCAUAUCCCAUUCACUGACACAACUGCCAGUCAGCCAUGCCUGAGCAACAGCCCGCCUCUCCAAAACUGAAGACAAACAUCGACUGAUUAAAAAAAAGUUUUGAUUUUUUUUUUUAGGAUUGGAGGACUUUAAUUUAUUAACUGUCUAAAUAACAGCAAUUAAAUGGAACAAUGACUUUAAUUUCCACUGCCUAAUGUGUGAGUAGACACUUAAAAAAUCAACCUGUUAAGUCACUAAAUUCACUUCAUCUAGUUACACAGAUUUGAGAAUGAGAAGAAACUUUUGACAGGUAAAAUAUGGGUAUGUCAGAUGAAACUUUUGUUAAUAUGUAUAUGUUAUGAAUUUCUUUGUAUUAAUUUAUUUGGAGAAUGUGAUGAGAUAAGGCACCUUGUUGGAAAAUGUUGGAAAACUGAGUAUAGAUUUGAUUUUCAGUUGGAUUUUUAUUUAAGGAUGUGUUUUAGGAUUGAAAUGUUGUCAGUUGGGCACUCACAAGAGGGAGAGACAGACAAUCGGGUGGUUUCACUUCUGUAAAGACUUCUUUAGCAAAUUCAGGAUUGCUUUACACUGCAACAGAAACCUGUUGGAUAUCACAUCUCCUGUUCCUUGUUUUGUUGUUGACAGAGAAACAUGUAAACAUCUCAUUUGCACUGUUCUCCACUUGCAGAGCCCAAGAUUGUUCUUUUCAAAACAUGUACAUGUCUAAUUUUGGGAAAACACUAAUUCUUAAAAUACUUUUCAGUAGAGCAUGUGUGAAGCACAGACAGAAAGCAAUACAGUGUGUAAAAGUUAGAUAGAAGCCAUGUAUGAAGUGCACACAAGGGAUAGAUGAACUGUCACAUUAGAUGUCUGAGAUGCUGCAAAAUAAAGUU